AGUGACCCCAUUUGUUUUGGAUUAUUACUGCGGAAGCGCCCAGGUGAAAAACGUGAUAAAUAUUUAAAUGAAAAUCAACUGAUUAUCUGUCGUUUCCACAGCAUUCGUUUGUAAUAUGAAGGAAGUCUUCCAAAAAAAUAUGAAAUAUAAAACUUAGACAUUGAAAGAAGAGGAAAGUCGGAUAAAGUUCAGACCCAGAAAUGGAAGAGGAUUUUAGCACAAUAAUUAUCAAGGUGGAACCAGAAGAUGACUAUGAAAACAACACAGAGCAUCCUAUUCCUACAAGUGAAGAUGCAGAAAAAGUGGUUGAAAGUUUACUACAUGACGCAGAAUGUGAAGAGAUGAAUCUUGACAGGGCUGGCCUCAGAAAUAUCAUGGCCGGUAUUGAAGGAGUUGACGAUCUGAAUAUAAGUGAACUGGAAGAUGAUCUGGAUAUUAGUGAAAUGGAAGCUGCAGAUCUUAAAAUGGAAAUACAGGAUGAUAUAGAUCUAAUUGAGAGAGAUGAAUAUAGAAAUAGUACUGGAGGUGAUAUUGAGAAUGAACUUAAAAUGGAGAUCCAAGAUGAUAUAGAAAUGAUUGAAAGAAACGAAUUUGAUGAUAGCGAUUUAGAUGAAAUUGCUAAUGGAUUAGGUGCAGAGGUUACUGAUAUAGAUGAAAGUGGUAUUGUUGAACUAGUUGAAAAGGAUGUUUUACAGCUUACUAGAAAUAAACCUGAAACAAAAAAUGAUAAUAAUAAGAAAGUUGAGAAUACAGUUGAAGUAAGUAAAGGGAUGCAUGUGCAACAGACAGAUAAAGGUGGAGACAACAAUAAUGGUGUUGCGAGUACUUCUAAUGGUGUUGUAAGUAACACUUUUGGUGCUGUAAAUAACACUGAUGGUGUUGUAAAUAACACUGAUGGUGUUGUAAAUAACACUAAUGAUGUUGUAAAUAACACUGAUGGUGUUGGAAAUAACACUAAUGGUGUUGUAAAUAACACUGAUGGUAUUGUAAAUAACACUAAUGGUGUUGUAAAUAACACUGAUGGUGUUGUAAAUAACACAAAUGAUGUUGUAAAUAACACUAAUGGUGUUGUAAAUAACACUGAUUGUGUUGUAAAUAACACUGAUGGUGUUGUAAAUAACACUGAUGGUGUUGUAAAUAACACUAAUGGUGUCGUAAAUAACACUGAUGGUGUUGUAAAUAACACAAAUGAUGUUGUAAAUAACACUAAUGGUGUUGUAAAUAACACUGAUGGUGUUGUAAAUAACACUGAUGGUGUUGUAAAUAACACUAAUGAUGUUGUAAAUAACACUGAUGGUGUUGUAAUAACACUAAUGGUGUUGUAAAUAACACUGAUGGUAUUGUAAAUAACACUAAUGGUGUUGUAAAUAACACUGAUGGUGUUGUAAAUAACACAAAUUAUGUUGUAAAUAACACUAAUGGUGUUGUAAAUAACACUGAUGGUGUUGUAAAUAACACUGAUGGUGUUGUCAGUUAUGCCAAGAACACUGCAAGUCCAUCCGAAAUAUCAUCAUACUUUUGUGUGCUGUGUGAGGAGUCUUUGAUGGGACUUAGUGCUGCAAGGAGUC